CCCACCGACGACCUCGAGAUCCCGUGGAGCAGCCGCUCCAAAACGACGCUCCUCGCUGCACUCUUCGGUCGUCUGCGGACCUAGAGUGUUCGUUCUGUUCACCAAGUGGUGUGCGAUCAGCGUGUCUCUCUGCGAUUACAAUCGACGUGUCGUCGGUGAGAAUCAGUGCGAUCAAGGAAGACAGGAUCAGGAUGUGGCGCGAUCCUCCAGGAGGAGGGUAUCAGAUACCAACGAAAGUCGCAACGAUGUUUCUACUGGCUGUCUUGGCAUUGACAAACGUGGCUUACGCCGAGGAUGAAUCCAUGGGACCUGUGUUUGUCAAGGAACCGCCAAACCGAGUCGAUUUUUCAAACGGAACCGGAGCUGUCGUCGAAUGCCAGGCUAGAGGAAAUCCCCAACCGGAUAUCAUCUGGGUUCGCGCUGACGGAAGUGCCGUAGGGGACGUUCCUGGACUCCGACAGGUCUUGCCGAACGGAAACUUGGUCUUCCCGCCUUUCCGCGCCGAGGAUUAUCGUCAAGAGGUUCAUGCUCAGGUUUACAGCUGUUUAGCGCGUUCCCCGGCAGGUUCGGUUCACAGCCGAGACGUUAACGUGAGAGCCGUCGUGACUCAAUACUACGAAGCGGAGGUCGUGUCGGAAUACGUGAUUCGCGGAAAUGCAGCCAUCUUGAAGUGUACCAUACCCAGCUUCGUAGCGGAAUUCGUGUCGGUAGACUCCUGGGUGGGAAGCGACGGUUCGACCUUCAAGCCAUCCAACGACUACGUCGUUUCGCAGUUCUACGUGACCGAGGCCGAGAACGAGUACGUGAUACGGGCGAACAGCGCGAUCAUGAAAUGCAAAAUACCGAGUUUCGUGUCCGAGUUCGUUCAGGUGGAUCAAUGGGUAGCCGACGACGGAACGGUUUACACAACCGGGAACGACUACGACGGGAAAUACUUGGUGCUGCCUUCCGGAGAACUGCACAUUCGCGACGUUGGACCCGAGGAUGGAUACAAAACCUAUCAAUGCCGCACCAAGCAUAGGCUCACCGGAGAAACUAGACUGUCUGCUACCAAGGGACGUCUCGUCAUUACCGAGCCACGGGGUAGCGUACGUCCAAACGUGCGGGACAAGGAUGUCAAUGGUCUGAAGAGGGACGUUCUAGUUGAUCUAAUGGUGGGCCUACCGUGUCCUGUUCAAGGUUUCCCGGCGCCCAUGUUCAGAUGGUACAAAUUCAUCGAAGGCUCGUCCCGUCGUCAACCGGUCCAGCUGAACGAUCGCGUUCGCCAGGUUAGCGGAACCCUGAUCAUCCGCGAGGCUCGCGUCGAGGACUCCGGAAAGUAUCUUUGCAUCGUGAACAACUCCGUCGGCGGCGAGAGCGUGGAAACCGUCCUAACGGUGACAGCCCCAUUGUCCGCGGAAAUCGAGCCUAGCACCCAGACCAUCGACUUCGGUAGACCGGCCACCUUCACCUGCAACGUUCGAGGAAACCCCAUUAAAACGAUCUCUUGGCUGAAGGAUGGCAAGCCCCUUGGACUGGAGGAACCCGUGCUCAGGAUCGAGAGCGUCAAGAAGGAAGACAAGGGAAUGUAUCAGUGCUUCGUCAGGAACGACCAGGAAAGCGCCCAAGCAACGGCUGAACUCAAACUCGGCGGCAGAUUCGAACCCCCGCAAAUUCGUCAGGCCUUCGCCGAGGAGACUCUUCAACCCGGACCGAGCAUGUUCUUGAAGUGUGUAGCCAGUGGAAAUCCGACUCCUGAGAUCACCUGGGAACUCGAUGGUAAACGGCUAUCCAACACCGAAAGACUUCAAGUAGGACAGUACGUUACGGUGAACGGCGACGUGGUUUCUCACCUGAACAUCUCCAGCAUUCAUACCAACGACGGUGGACUCUACAAAUGUAUCGCCGCGUCGAAGGUUGGAUCCGCGGAACACUCGGCUCGUCUCAACGUUUACGGUCUGCCAUUCAUCCGCCACAUGGACAAAAAGGCUAUCGUCGCUGGCGAGACUCUUCGCGUGACCUGUCCCGUCGCCGGAUAUCCGAUCGAAAGCAUCGUAUGGGAACGCGAUACGAGAGUUCUGCCGAUCAACAGGAAACAGAAGGUCUUUCCCAAUGGCACUCUUAUCAUCGAGAACGUCGAGAGAAUGAGCGACCAGGCUACGUACACCUGUGUGGCACGCAACGCGCAAGGCUACAGCGCGAGAGGAACGCUCGAAGUCCAAGUUAUGGUCGCGCCGCAAUUGGCGCCUUUCGCGUUCGGUGACGAGGCCGCCAACGCGGGAGAGAUGGCCACCGUUCAGUGCGCCGUGAUCAAAGGCGACUUGCCGUUGAGGAUCGUGUGGUCGCUGAACGGUAGGCCUAUCGAUGUUGGACGCGUGUCCGGCGACCACAGUUACGACACUCCUGACAUCGUUGUGACCAGAGGUAGUAAACGGAUCAGCACCCUGACGAUAGACUCGGUAGCCGCAAGACACGCGGGCGAGUAUAAGUGCACCGCGACCAACGCAGCAGGAUCCGCUGCUCACACGUCGGUUCUUUCAGUGAACGUACCACCACGUUGGAUUCUGGAACCGACCGAUAAGGCAUUCGCACAAGGCUCCGAUGCGCGCGUUGAAUGCAAAGCCGACGGUUUCCCCAAGCCUCAAGUCACCUGGAAGAGAGCAGCUGGGGAUACGCCGGGCGAUUACACGGACUUGAAACUGAGCAAUCCAGACAUCAGCGUUGAGGAUGGAACUCUGUCGAUCAACAACAUCCAGAAAACGAACGAAGGCUACUAUCUUUGCGAAGCUGUAAACGGAAUUGGCUCGGGACUUUCGGCUGUCAUUCUUAUCUCGGUUCAGGCUCCACCCCACUUCGACAUCAAACUGAAGAACCAGACUGCGAGACGCGGAGAACCGGCUGUACUGCAAUGCGAAGCGCAAGGCGAAAAACCGAUUGGCAUUUUGUGGAACAUGAACAACAAGAGGCUGGACCCGAAGAGCGAUUCUCGUUACACUAUUCGAGAGGAAAUUCUGGCCAAUGGAGUGCUGUCCGACCUGAGCAUCAAGAGAACCGAGCGAAGCGACUCCGCGUUGUUCACCUGCGUUGCCACCAACGCCUUUGGAAGCGACGAUACCAGCAUCAACAUGAUUGUGCAAGAGGUUCCCGAGGUUCCCUACGGCCUUAAAGUUUUAGACAAAUCCGGACGAUCGGUUCAACUGUCCUGGGCAGCACCCUACGACGGCAACAGCCCCAUGAAACGUUACGUGAUCGAAUACAAAAUCAGCAAAGGCUCCUGGGAAACCGACAUCGACAGAGUACUCGUACCCGGAUCGCAACAGAACGUAGCUGGCGUUUUCAAUCUGAGACCCGCGACUACUUAUCACCUGCGAAUCGUUGCCGAAAACGAAAUUGGCGCGUCCGAUCCCUCCGACACCGUCACGAUCAUCACUGCCGAAGAAGCACCCAGCGGUCCUCCAACUUCCGUUCGCGUCGAUGCCCUCGAUCAGCACACUCUCAAGGUAACAUGGAAACCACCCCCUCGCGAGGACUGGAACGGCGAGAUUCUUGGAUACUACGUUGGCUACAGACUGUCUUCCUCGGAGAAACCGUACAUGUUCGAAACCGUUGAUUUCUCGAAGGAGGAUGGAAAGGAACAUCAUCUGCAAAUCAUGAAUCUUAAAACUUACACUCAAUACAGCGUAGUCGUUCAAGCGUUCAACAAGGUUGGAUCGGGACCGAUGAGCGAAGAACGAAGACAACACACCGCCGAAGGAGUCCCCGAACAACCUCCUCACGAUACCACUUGCACCACCCUCACGUCCCAAACUAUCAGAGUCUCUUGGAUGUCGCCCCCGCUGAGCGCUGCUAACGGAGUUAUCACCGGAUACAAAGUUAUUUACGGACCGUCUGACACCUGGUACGAUGAAAACUCAAAGGACACCAAGAUCACCUCUUCCAGCGAGACAAUUUUGCACGGACUGAAAAAGUAUACCAACUACAGCAUGCAAGUCUUGGCUUUCACUUCCGGCGGCGACGGCGUCAAGUCUGCACCUAUCCAUUGCCAAACCGAACAAGAUGCCCCCGAAGCACCGAUCGCGAUCAAAGCUCUGGUUAUGUCCGCCGAAUCGAUCCUCGUCUCGUGGAGACCACCGAGCCAGCCCAACGGAGUAAUCGCACAGUAUACCGUUUACACGAAGGCAGACAACACCGAGGAACCGACCAGUCAGAAAGUUCCACCGAAUCAACUGACUCACGAAGCAUCCGGACUGGACAAGCAACGCAGAUACGAUUUUUGGGUGACGGCUAGCACUAACAUCGGCGAAGGCGAGGCUUCGAAAAUCGUGACGCUAGCACCGAGUGUUCGAGUACCGGCAAAGAUCGCAUCCUUCGAUGACAAGUUUACGGCUACUUACAAAGAGGACGUCAAAUUACCUUGUCUCGCCGUCGGAGUACCCGCGCCGGAAGUAACGUGGAAAGUACGAGGCGCCGUUCUCCAGCCAAGCGACCGACUGCGCCAGUUGCCCGAGGGAUCCCUAUUCAUCAAGGAAGUCGACCGCACCGAUGCCGGAGAAUACUCUUGCGACGUUGAAAACUCUUUUGGCCACGACACCGUCACUCAUCAGCUGAUCGUUCACGCUCCCCCACACUCCCCGCAAGUCACUCUUACCGCUACAACCACCAACUCGUUGACGAUGAAACUCCGACCUCAUCCCACCGACAACGCUCCGAUCCACGGAUACACGAUUCACUACAAGCCCGAAUUUGGCGACUGGGAAACCGCGCAGAUCAGCUCGACGACGCAAAAGUACACUCUGGAGAAUCUGUGGUGCGGCUCGAGAUACCAGAUCUACGUCACCGCAUACAACGGAAUUGGUACCGGCGAUCCAUCCGACAUGCUCAAUACGCGCACCAAAGGCUCGAAACCGAUCAUCCCGGAACCGGAGAAAUUCAUCGAAGUGUCCACGAAGAGCAUCACCCUUCAUUUGAGCGCCUGGUCCGAUGGCGGCUGCCCCAUGUUGUACUUCGUCGUCGAACACAAGAAAAAGAACCAACAGGAAUGGAAUCAGGUCUCGAACAACGUGAAACCCGGCGGAAACUUUGUCGUUUUGGAUUUGGACCCUGCCAGUAGGUACCACUUGCGCGUGACUGCUCACAACAACGCUGGUUUUGCAGUGGCCGAGUACGAAUUCGCUACACUGACCGUAACUGGAGGCACCAUUGCACCGGCCCGCGGGCUACCCGAUGUAAACGAUGGUGGCAACGACGAGGAUCCGAUGAAAAUGCUCAUGGCUAAUUUAAAUCUGGCCGUGCCCGUGGUAGCAGCUAUUCUCGUUAUAUUCGUUGCCGUCAUCGUGAUCUGCGUUCUCAGAGGAAAGGGCCACGAUAGCGAUAAAGACGACGUGGUAUAUCAACAAACCGGAGUUGGCGGUGCUACCCUCGACAAACGCAGGCCCGAUCUUCGCGACGAACUUGGAUACAUCGCACCACCGAACCGCAAACUGCCGCCUGUACCCGGAUCCAACUAUAACACAUGCGAUCGCAUCAAGCGAGGUACAGUGAUAAGUGGAACAGGCUCGAUAAGGAGCCACUCGACGUGGGAUCCCAGACGGCAUAUGUACGAGGAGUUGAAUCAUUACGCGCCGAACCGAAGAUGUCCACCGCCGCCACGUAUGGGCAGUGCCGAGGCUCUAUCCCACAGAGGCAUGGAGGAUGAGAUUUGCCCGUACGCCACCUUCCAUCUUCUUGGAUUCCGCGAGGAAAUGGACCCCACCAAGGCAAUGCAAUUCCAGACUUUCCCUCAUCCAGGAAACGGACACUCUGGCACUAUGGGACCACCCGUUGGCCAUCCUACCAACGCCUCUGCUCACAGCCGCUCCGGAUCUCAGUCUAUGCCACGUCAAAACGGUCGCUACUCGCGCGUACCAUCCCAAGGAGGCGGCAGCGGAACUCACAACGUUUUCUCCCCCGAAUACGACGACCCGGCAAACUGUGCUCCGGAAGAGGAUCAAUACGGCUCGCAAUACGGACAGUACGGUGCUCCUUACGAUCAUUACGGAUCCCGCGGAUCUGUUGGUCGCCGUAGCGUAGGAUCGGCCCGCAACAUUCCUAUGUCUGGAUCACCCGAACCACCACCACCUCCGCCAAGGAACCACGAUCAGAACAAUUCCAGCUUCAACGACAGCAAGGAGAGCAACGAGAUCAGCGAGGCGGAGUGUGAUCGCGACCAACUCGUGAACCGCAACUACGGCGUGAAUGCUCGCGGCAAGGACGGCAUGACCACCGAGGAGAUGCGUAAACUCAUAGAGAGAAACGAAGCCCCCAGCCGGCAAACCGGCCCCGGCCACGGCGGUCACGGGGGACUCCUCACACCCUACGAUACUGUGGCAGUGUAACCUGUAAAUCAUCUUCCGUGGUCUUCCGUCUCUCUCGUCGCCGGCAGCCCAAGACUCGAGAGGAGCGGAACGAGUGCGCACGCCAUCUCUUCCCCCGGUGCUGUCGUCGGUCCAAUUUGCAACGAUUUACGAUUUAAAAAGUUACCAUCGUCGCGAGUAGAUUAGAUUCGGUCCAUUUUACAUAAAGCGUACGCUCGUCGAACAAUUUACACGUAAAAAGUCAGCGUUACGGCCGGCGACGACAGCCGCCUCCCGAAGGGAAACGCGUUCUCCUCUUCGUCCGCGACCAUAUCGUUUUACACAAUUUUUGGCCUUUUUCUAUUUAAAUCUCGCGUUUUCCUCGUUGAUCGUUUCAUCUCUCAUUCGUUGUUCGUUCCAUCCGUCUAUAAGGCCAGGUUACGAAACUGCCAAAUUUAUAUUGACUGCCGUGAUAUGGACGAAGAUGGAUCAUUUACGCGUGUGGCAACUUUAUCGCGUCGUUGCUCGUAACGAUACGUACGUACGAUAUCGUAGUAAUCGAACUGUCGUGAACGAGACUCGAUUCCCGUUGGGACGGUGGCGAACACACCCGGCACGUUCGCGGACGUUUCAGAACGCGACGAAGAAUCCGGCCCGCGACGCGUGCUCUCGGCGACGGUGAAUUAUCACACGGGGGUCUUCGCGAGUUGUUCUAGGUUACGAUUGUCGCUUUCAGGCGCCCACGAGUCACGGGAAGUAAACACGAGAUAAUACAUUAGUUAUUCGCUUUUUUAAGUCAUGGUUGUGCCACACUGCCGCUCCCCGCAGGCAUAUGAUAUUAUACAUACAUAUAUAUAAUGAUAUUAUACAUAUAUACAUAUAUAUAUAUAUAUACAUACGAUUUAUAAUUUCGUAACGAAGGUUGUGUACCCCAUUUUCGGUGACCGACGAUCUUGAGUCUUGACGUCGCGGAGAGCAAGUCUCGGAGCGCUGUUUUCGCAAUCGCGAUAACACCGAAUUGGUAACAUACGAGCUCGCAUCGAUGCCGUGGUGGCGUUUGCCAAAUACCUGUUUUUUCGUCGGGCGAGUCGAACGAAAAUUCUCGUGACACGCCGAUCGACUAUCCGCAGGAAGAAACGCGGCACGAUAAAAUUCCAUAAACCCAUUGGAGAAACACGAUGAAACAAAAUUUGAACCGAUUAGACACCAUGAUCACACCGCGAGUGAAAAAAAGAAAACGAAUAAUUGGAACGUAAAUAGAAUGCAAGCAAGGAAGUACACCACGCUCGCUGUCGAUUUUUUAAUCAUCCUAUACGAUAUUUAGUCCGCUGUACACACACAUAUAUUCCGCAAGCUAAUCUCGAUCAAUUAUGACGUAUGUGAAUUUAAUGAUAAUGCGACGAUGAUAUUAUAACGUGUAAGCAAUUCGAGCAACAAGUACCGAUUUAAACGUAAGUAGAAUUUAAGCCGGACGGAUACGGUCGCGAGGUUGCGCCGUUUCGCUUUCGCUUUCGUUGAACGGUGACGCGUCGAGCAUCGUUGAAUAACAAAUGAAAAAGUAAUUUGAUGGGCCAACGGAUUUGACAGGGCGCCCUCGAUAGCAGAAAGUAAAUAAUAAACAUGAACCGCCAAGUAUCGUUCGAAUACUCGAGAUUUGUUCCUCGACGUGGCGCCCGGAUACGGUUACGGCGCGUGUCUCAUAGUUGGUUUUUAUCACAACACUAUUUAGAUAUAUACAAAUAUAUAAAUAUAUAUAUGUAUACAUUGACGUUCAUAUGCAUACGUUGUAAGUAGGUAUGUCUAGGUGUCGCAUUUAUUUGCCGAGGCGAUGCACGAGUUGUACACCAGUCGCGAGAGUGUCACGGUCGAAGAAAUGCGACCGUCGUGGACGACGGAGCAAUGCCGGGGUGCUUCGGCCGUGAACGAUCCGUUUCUUAUUUUCUACGAUCGAGGAUCUCCUAACCCUUCGUUCGUAUUCGCUGGCUACGACUCGGCACGCCGACGCACUUUUACUCAUCGAUGUGAUUUUAAAGGCUGCGCAAAGUCUCGUGUCUCGUGUAUGUGUUACGAUCGCGCUCUACCACAUUAAAUGUAGCCAUAUCCAAUUCACCUUUUACGAUGUAUAUCACGUUUUACUCACGUAACGCUCGCGGAGCUUUUCGCUUUUGAAGCUUUUGAAAUUUAACUGCGAUGAAAGAGAGACCGAAAAAUAUUUAACUUAUUCGAUAUUAUUAGCCGUGCGAUCGACGUCGCGUCUGCUCGAGCGCGACGGUCGACAUUAAUUAAGAAGGAAAUGAAAACGUGAUGUCCGCGAAAUGUCGCUUAGCUUUUUCUUCUAUUUGUCGAUCCGAGAAUAAUCUCGUUUGUCGUUACGGUUUGUGUGAUCAAUCUGGAAUCGUUUUCCUUCGCAAGGUUUAACGUUACUUUUUGAAGAUGCUGUGAACAAACGGUCGGUGCCGCCGUCCGCGUUAUACAUUAUACAUAUAUUAUGCUUUAUUCAUUGGAUGAUAUUGGAUGUUCGUUUCGUACAACAAGCGAGGCGGUUCUUCGAGCAUCUCCUUCAGCGGGACGCGUGUCGUCUUAUCUUUCGGUUGCAAACAGAGUCGGGACGUUUUCGUAAUUUAUACACUUGUGUUGCGCUCUGUGCUCGCCUUUAAAUUGGUCGUAAAUUUGUAUUCUCGCAUAUACAACGAUACUCGUAUUUGUCCGUGUUCGUGGAGACUCGAGGAUCCGCUCGCAGUACACCAUUUCCUCAGUACCACUGUUUUAUGUUUUUGUACCAAAGUCGUAGCGUCUAACUUUACGUUAAAUAAAUAAAAGUAAAAAAAAAAA